GCGGCCAGCAACAUGGACAGGAUGGGGCUGGACCGCAUGGGGGCUGCCGCAACCAACAUGGACAGGAUGGGGCCCGCCAUGGGGGCAGGGCUAGACAGGAUGGGGCUCGCCAUGGGGAGCACCUUUGAGAGGAUGAUGGAGAUGGACAGGGGGAACUUUGCCGCCGGGAGCUUCGCUGGCGCCCUCGGGACCGGAGGACCUGCUGCUGCCGCCGGUGUAGCCAGGAAGGCUUGCCAGAUUUUUGUGAGAAAUCUUCCUUUUGAUUUCGCGUGGAAAAUGCUGAAAGACGCUCCUUUCCGCCUGGGC